CUUUAAUUUAAAUUAAUUAAUUUAAUUAAUUGUUAUUUUCAACAUUCAACGAAAUUUCUUUCAAAAUGACAAGUAAACAUAAAGUGAUAGUAAAGUAUUGAAAAAUGAGCGCCUGUAUACGAUACAUAAUCUUAUGUGCAAAUGCAAUUCAAGGGGAAUCAUCACAAAAUCAGUCGGAGAUUUUCAAAUUAAAAAUCGAUCAUUUUGAAGAUUUAUUCGAUUGGAUCUCACUAAAAGAUUUGAUAGCAUUGGGAAGAACAUGCAAACGAAUGCAACAAAUUGUCGGUUACUAUUUACGAACUAAUUAUCCAGCUAUUUAUUUGGAAUGUGGAAGAUAUGGUAUUUAUUGGUUUUUUGGAUGGAUUCGACGUGGCUCCAGACAGUAGUCCUUGGGAGAUAACGAGAGACCGUGUUCCGUAUAUGAAACCCAAUCGAUUCAAUUGGCUCAAUGAAAUUUUACUGAGGCGAGUUAAAUUGACCACCAAUGGAAUUGCACGCAUUAAACCGAUUUUGCAUAGAGUGGAAAUAUUAAAAUUAAAAUUCUCAUAUUUUAGGGAUCAAACAAAAGAAUUCUAUGAAAAUUUCCUUCAAUUUUGUUCAAAUCUAAAACAUUUGUGUAUUAAAUCUGGAAGAGAUAACAUCGUUGGCAUUGAUAACAAAUGGCUACUACGAAAGUAUCCAAUGCUUGAGCAUUUAGAGUUGGUUUCAAGUCCUGCGAAACCAAUUAUUGAGUUGGAGACAUUUUUUAAUCAAAAUUUAAAUAUCAAACAUUUGGCAUUGAAUGUUGAAUUCCUUUUAGCAAAUUUAACUACGAUAAAAAAUAUUCAACACAAAUUCAAUGUUAUGAGCAUUUUUUUCGGCAUAUGUAGAAAUAAAUAUGCAUUGGCUGGAGAUGCUUUAAAUGAUUUGUAUGAAAUGGGAAGGUUCAUGGAAUUGCAUGUAUAUUAUCGUGCAUUGUGUUGCCCAUUUGAUAAAACCUCAGUUGAUGAAUUGAUGUCGUACCAAGGACUUACAAAAUUGCACACGAAUCACUACAAAAACAGUGUUGAUCUGUCCCCCUUGAACACUUUGCAGGAACUUUGUUAUUUUGGGAAACGUUCUUUAAUUACAAACGUGCAGGUGCUAGCUAAAAGUCUCAUUAAUCUGGAAAUCAUUCAUUUUUUGAACGCUGAAUUAAGUGAUAUUAUGCCAUUUAUUCAAUAUUCUUUGAAAUUGAAGAAAAUUAUCAUUUAUAAUUUAAAAGUAAAUGAAAAUGUCUUAGAUGUAAAUAUUCUGGAUAACGAACGAAAAACAUUGAUUACAGCAAGAAAAAUCACAAUAUAUGUCGAAAGAGAUAUUUAUUUGGCCACAAAAAGGACGAAAACUGGAACUAAAUUGAAUUUUAUUGAAGUAAAAUGCGGAGCAUCUUUGAAUAUCAGACAUGAUUUUGAUUAUAAGGACGAUGCAUAUCAAGAUGAAGAAUUUUAUCACUAGUAGAAUAUCACUUAAAAGUCCAAUAAAUAAUUUGUUUAUGUAAUAUUUCAUAGAUUUGUCUUAAAAAUAAAACAACACGUAUAAAAAUAAUACAUUAUUAUUAUUAUAUUUGGCACCAACUAUGUUAACAAUUUGUUUAUGAAACAAUACGAUAUGCAUUGGAAAUGUAAAAUAGCCAAAAAAGUUAGAUUAACA